AUGUCGUUCAGUCAAAUGAGACCUCAAACAUCACAGUUGAUGGAGCUCCACGUUUUUUAUGUCCCAGAAGAAGUGUGGAACUUCAAGCUGAAUACAGUUCCUGUAGCUCUUACUAGUAAAUUCAUCUCAGCCGGAUUUAUAAGGGUGUCUCCUCACAUCACAUUAAGAGUGCUACGGGAGAAGCUUGGAGAGUACCUGGGUGGAGUUGCAGUUGCAGAUAAAUUCAAAUUUUUAAAAUGCAUUGGGAAAAAACUAGCAGUGGUGAAAGCAAAGCAAGAAACAGAACUGGAACUGAAGUCGUUUGCUCCUCCUUAUGCACUUUAUCCUGAAUUAUAUUUAUUACCUGGAAUGGAAUACUUUGAAGAUGUUUAUCCAUCACCAUCAUCAACUCAACAAAGACAUCACUUUAAUGCAGAAGCUAAUAGGUUUGGUCGUGGGUCAAGAUUAUCCAGUCUUCCCCAACAAAAACCUGAAAAAAGCAAACAAUUUUUAGAAAGCAUACAAAGCAGUCAUCAGCUAGAAAAUCAGGAAGUGCACAGUCCUGUGGAACAGGGUGAGAAAGAACCUGUUCCAGUUUUGCGCACAAAACAUAAGCAAGACCAUAACAACAGGAUUCAAGAAAAACAGAUACAGUUUAGAGAAAAAGCUCAAAAUGGGUCCAAUGGAUCUCUCUUCACACCAAGUCAUGCAAAUCCUGCAGAUUGGGAGUCUGGAAGGAGUGAUAUGGUAUUACAGACCUCUCAGCAAAAUCAUCUCAGCCAAGAUCAAAAAGAGCGUAACACUCCUAAGUGGAAUGACAAAGCCAAAGGAACUGCUCUUACUCUUCAUGUAAACCACAGUGAUGAACAAGGCCAGAAUAACCAAACACCCCAAAAUCACAUUAAAUAUCGAAAAGAACUAACAAACAUGGAAAAUAAUGACCACCAAAAAGGUACCAAACUAAGAAGAGACAGAACACAGGAUGCUGGAGUUCUUAAAAUAAUGGAAGACCAAACCACAGAAUAUGUAUGCAAAAAACAAAGCUUGCAGCAAUACAAAACUAGCAAGUCUAUAGCUGAUCCUGGUGAAAAACUGGAUAAUCAGGCGGAUGAAAACAAGCAAAAUCAUCUUACUUGUCCGAAAGAAUAUAUUUUGCCUCCUAGUCCACCUUUUCUGGCACUUUCUGUAAAUCCAGCUCAAGUUCCUGCAGUUCAGGCAACAAAAAACAAGAUGGUAGAACAAUUGCAACAAAUGAAGAAAGACAGAAGGCAUAUGGAAAAAAAUAGAGAAGAACUGAUCAAAAAAGCUAAAGGGCUACUGGAACAAAAUAAGCUGAGGAGAUACCACGUUCGUGAGGAAUGGAAAAAGAAGUACUUUGAAACUAAGAAAGCUACGAUUUCACUGGAGGAUGCUUUAAACAAACUGCGACAAGAUUUAGAGCUUUACCACCAGAAAUUACUCUUGCAAUUGGAAGCCAGAGGUAGCCGAAAACAACCAAACAGUAUGACAAACUGCAAGAAUUACACAAUCAUCCAGAUUACUACAGUGCAGCAUGAACUCGAUCAACUGAGGAGGAAGCUGGAUGAUACAAAAAUGAAACUCAUAAUAGAAAUUAAGAUGAGAAAGCAGGCAGCAUCUGAUUUGCGAGCACUGAGAGCGGAACUGACACAGAAGAAGAUUCAUUCAGCUUUAAUUCUCCAGUCCAGAAAAUCAGGAAUUUAAGAGGAUGACAUGACUUUAACAUCUGUAAAGUCUUCAGAAGCUUUGUAAUGUGUAUAGAAGCUCAGAAUUUCAGAGCGUUUGCUUGUAUGUUCUUGAAGUUAUCUUGUAAAAAGACAUCAACUAUGUACAUGUUGCGGAAUUUGUAUACUAGGCUACUGAGGUACUGCAGCUCACUUUUUAAAUCUCACUUACUAUAAGAUUAGUCAGCUACUUAAACAUAGUUAAACGUGUCUAAACCAAAGCUAGGUUAUUUUAAAAGUGCAAAUUAGUGAGUUGUGUAACAUCAUAUUGCUAUGCUGAUGUUCUUUCAUCAGAAAUACCUACUAAGCAAAUAAACCUAUCAUCUAUAACCUCCUGUUGUUAUUUUCAGGCACACGCAUUUAAUUUUUGGAAAAUGAUUAAAAUACAUCUUCUGUAGAACUACAGCAACAGUAAUCCUUUAUUUAGCUGUUUACUGAAGUAUAUUUUUGUCAUUCUAAGUAUGCCUAUCUAUAAAUUACCAACGUAUUAUUAUCAUAUUAUUAUGAAGUAUGAACAAGAUCUCAGAUAAUCUCACCUUAUUUCAUAUCUAGCUGUUUUUGUUA